GAUUGGAGGGCGCCUCCGGCAGCCGCCCGCGGCAGUAGCCGUGGCCCCAGCUCGCCGGGCGGAGUUGCACGAGGCAGCGGCGGGAGCUGGAAGAGCCGAAGGAACCGCCUCGCUGAGUUCGGCCGGAGCCCUGCAGUGGCUCAGACGGUUGCGGGGACCGCCAGGUCGCCACAUCCCCCCCGAGCCAGGCCCGCCUGGAGCACUGCAUGCAAAUACAGCUGCUGGCUAGGACACACUAACUGAAGGUGUAGGCAUGGACUUCGUCAUGAAGCAGGCCCUUGGAGGGGCCACCAAGGAUAUGGGGAAGAUGCUGGGGGGAGAGGAGGAGAAGGACCCCGAUGCACAGAAGAAGGAGGAGGAGCGGCAGGAGGCACUUCGGCAGCAGGAGGAGGAGCGCAAGGCCAAGCACGCGCGCAUGGAGGCCGAGCGUGAGAAGGUCCGGCAGCAGAUACGAGACAAGUAUGGGCUGAAGAAGAAGGAAGAGAAGGAGGCUGAAGAGAAGGCAGCCCUGGAGCAGCCGUGUGAGGGGAGCCUGACACGGCCCAAGAAGGCCAUCCCAGCAGGCUGUGGGGACGAGGACGAGGAGGAGGAGGAGAGCAUCCUGGACACGGUGCUCAAAUACCUGCCCGGGCCACUGCAGGACAUGUUCAAGAAGUAACUGGCCCUUCUGUCCCAUCCCCACUCCACUUGUUACUUUUUUUUUUUCCAGGUCUUUCUUUUCUUUUCAUUCAGUUAAGUCUCAGUUCUGAAGGGGAAAACCUCAGUUGGCCUCUGCCCCUCUUCCCUGGUCAGGGGCUUCUCCCCCUCAGCAUUCCUUCACCCCCCCUUCAUCCCAGGGUAGCC